AUGCCAAAUGUAAGAUUAAGACUGGGCGAUUGGAUUUGCCCAGUUCAAAGCUGCUUGGAGGUCAAUUUCGCACGGAGGAAAAUAUGUUAUAAGUGUCAAGCCUGUCGCCCAGGUUUGAACCAAAACAGAUCUGUACUUAAAUGGUCUCAGAACUUUGCCGUACCUCCUUUCAUGAAGCCGGGAGACUGGAUCUGCACUUUAUGCGGUAGGAUGAAUUGGGCGAGACGUAAUGUUUGCUUGGAAUGUAGAACAGAAAGAUCUUCAUUUCAAGAAAGGGUAAUGAUGAAAGGUCAAAAUGAUUCAGAUGCGAUUUCAAGUAGUAAACCGUCUUUGAACAGAAAAAAAAAGAUACUUAAUGAUUUAUCUGAUAAUAGUAAAAGCAAGAAUUUUCGGAAUUCUUCAUGUAGUGAGCUCGGAUCAAUUAAGAGCUUUAAAACUGAACAGGAAGAAAUAGGUUUUGAAAAUCCAAAUGUAACGAAGUUACAUAAUUAUGGAUUUGGAGACUGCCAUAAUAGUCAUAAUAAACGAAUUAUGGAUAACAGCAGUAGAAGGUAUUAUAGUAAGGAAUUGUAUAUUCCUCAAGAACCCGGACAAUUAUCAAGUUUUUUCUAUAAUAAGCAAAGAACCAGAAAGGCGGAUUUAAAUUCUGGAGAAAUGCUUCGUAGUUCGCUCCAGUUUGAUAAUAGUACUAGUUUGAAUACUAUAAUUAGUAGUGACAUCUUAUUGCAACAAAAGAAAGAAGAUUUUUAUUUAAAUGGAGUAAAGGAAAGAGAGGCACUCUUUUCGUACCCCAAAGAUCUUAGAGAACUAUGUCUUAGUUCUAAAGCAUCUUUUAUAGAAGGAUUCCAAUCUACUCCAAAUUGUAUGGCGUGUUGUUCAAGGCCAAACAAUGGUAGAAACAACAAUUUGCCAUUCAUGGAGUGUAAUUGGCCCGCUAGUGCGAAAGAUUGGAGAUUUAGAGGUAAUUUAAUUAACUCUACUUUCGAGCCCUCGUCUUCAAUGAUGCACACAAACCAUUUGAAAUUUAAAAAACAGUCACCCUCACUAACCUCAAACCCUCACUUUAGCGUCCAAUACAAAGCCCGAAAAGGUUGA